AAACGAAAAACAAGCUCAUUUGGACAUUUAAGUCACUAAGGGCUUUAAUACGCAAAAUAGUUGAGUAUGUGUAAUAAUUCUCACUUGUUCGGUUCCGCUGAUAUAGCCUCUCAAGGCUAUCAGUUUAGGUAGGAAAAAAAUUAUUCAGUUAAAUUUUGACUUGAUACUUUUAUGCUCGUAUAACAAACGCUACCACAGCGCGUCCCGAUUUUUUGUGUAAACAUUCCUGAACCUUCAUCGGCAAUUUCUAAGAAACCUGUUCCUUUUUUUUUGUAUGCUUUAGAUGCCCACCAGUCUCAGGUGUCGAACAGUCUGCGUACACUACUAACCACCUGUCCUAGGAAUCUGUCAAUAUUGUUCGUUAGCAGUUUUAAAACGUUCAGGAAAAAUAUAUUAUUAAAACUUCGUUUAAAAUAUCAUUUUCCCUCCUUAUGAAGCUUAUAACAAAAUGUACAAUAUUUUGUACAACAAAAUUUUCUCGUAAUUCAAUACGCAAACACAAAUCUUCAUCAAAAUUCCGAAAUACUUUAACCGCAUUCUUCUGCGAACGCCACAUCAAAACCACAAGCUUCUGAAUUAAUAUUCGGAGAUUACGCAUGUGUUUUGCGUACAUCGUCGCGACAGUUCGUGUAAUGUUCGUAUCGUCCGUGAAUUAAACCGGUAAUGGUUACAAAUGCUAUCGUUAUUGUAUAGUCUAAAGGGGUAGGUGCGUUAGGGCGACUGGGAUUUAUAAACAGGUUUUCUCGGUGCAUGUUCAAGUCGUUUAAUUCGUAAUACUAAACUUAAUACUAAACUGAGAACUGAAAAUUUCUCUUGAUUUAUUGUAUUAAAAAAAAACACAGAGUACACUGAAAACCAAGAAGUCUUUUUCGCAAAUACGACAUAAAUAAUUUUCAACCGUUCCAUUUUAAAUUAUAACUAUCAAUGUUUUUUAAUUCAUAUUUCAAUUACCUAUGUAAAGUACGUUGAGUGAUAAGAUAACCAGAUUUUUUAUGGUUGUACGGAAUUAUUUCGAUUGAAUGUUAAUAACGUUUAUGAUCUGUGACGUAAAUAGCUUGUAUCGCUGCAAAGUUUUGACGCAAUCAUUUUAAUAAUGAUAGGUAUUUUAAAAAAAAAAACAAUUAUCCGAUUUCAGUGCACGAGGAUUCGAUACACGCAUACGUCGAUUGCAGCCUUGCGUCACGCUACGCACCAUCGAGUGCAGUAGUUCAAAGACCCCUUAUUAAAAUCUCGACGAGAACUAGUCUUUACCGCUACAAUAAAACGACUCAAAGACGACCAGAUGCGCCCGAACACAGAUCGCCGAACCCUCUCCGCGUCACACAAGGGGGGAACCCGAAAAUAGCAAGCGUCACAAUAAUUAUUCUGUAAUAAGGCACUUAAACUAGUUUUUUGUUGUUGUUAAUGCGGCAAUUAGAAAUCAAAGCGGGUUAACGAUAAACAUGUAUAGUAUAUAGUGCGCAUGCGUCGUUUCAAUUCGCAAAACAAGCGCGUCUGACGGCUGUGUGAGUAUUGUACGUUCGUGUCCCUCCGACCUCGUUCGAUGUUGAUUUUAAAAUCACAUUUGAGGUCAAGCAGCGAUAACCCGUCACUUAAUCAGUCCGGAUAAGAAAUUUGUACUUUUAGUACAUCAAACUGGUAUUGGCCUGGACACCUUAGGACUAACGGUAAAUCAAAACAAUAAACAAGACCCAUAGAGAAAGCGCGGAGGAUCGAAUCGAGUGAAAGCAGCCAGUGACGGAGACCGCGCCGCGUCGUGCGGACGACAAUAAUAAAACAUGUCUGUUAUUAUAGCAUCUGCUGUUUUGAGCGCUGCCGCUUUUUAUUGGUAUGUAAACCGUGAUAAACCAAUCAAGCAUAUACUGAAAGAGAUUCGGUACGCGUUGGACAUGCAGGGCGCUGGGGCGGGUGGCCUUAUUGACGACUGGAUUAACGUGUCGAGGAACAGAAUUGCGUUACCAGAUGCGGCCGGAAAAGUUGCGGUCGUUACCGGCGGAGCGAGGGGCAUCGGCACAGAAGUCAUCAAGGGCUUACUCAAAGCAAACAUGCGGGUGAUAAUCGGAAUACGAAACCCGGAAUUGGUGCAUAAAUUAUCUGAAUCAAUGGAGAAUGGUCAAAACUUGGAAGCUUACAAACUGGAUUUGAAAUCGUUAAAAUCCGUCAAGGAAUUUGCUGAUAAUGUACUGCAUAAGUACCCAAAGAUAAAUUUACUAGUUAACAAUGCUGGGAUAAUGUAUGGGAAGUAUGAAUUGACUACAGACGGUUUUGAAUCACAACUCGCUGUGAAUCACCUGGGGCAUUUUUAUUUGACACACCUACUUUUGCCGGCUUUGAAGAAAGCUGGAAACUUAUGUGAACCAUCAAGGUUCAUUAAUGUGACGUCAUGUGGCCACUAUCCGGGACAAAUAUAUUUUGAUGAUAUUAACAUGAAAGAGCAUUAUGAUGAAACUGCAGCUUAUGCACAAUCCAAAUUAGCUCAGUUAAUGAUGGCAAGAUACAUUAAUAAGAUUAUGGAAGAGAAUAAUAUUCCUGUCAAAGGAUACUCAGUGCAUCCCGGGAUUGUCAACACUGAUUUAUUCGAUGGUACAGUCUUCAAAAGAGUUUUUCCAUGGGCUAUGAAAUUAUUCUUCAAGACUCCAGAAAAGGGAGCCGUUUCUAUACUCUUUGCGUGUUUCAAUGAAGAAUUGCAGAAGCGGGGAGGAUUAUACAUUAGUAAUUGUAUUGAAGGGAUCAGUAAUAGAUUUUCAAAGAAUUUGGAAUAUCAAAAAAUACUUUUUGAGCUAUCCUGUCAAUUAGUUGGAAUUGAUGCCGAGAACUUUGGAAAUACUGAAUAAAAUUUACAUUGGAAUUUUCAUAAUUUAUUCUAUUAUUUAAUUUUUAUUGUAUUUAUUCAUUUAUUGCAUUUUGUAUAAACAUUGGUCUGAUUGAAUAAACAAUUUUUGAUAAA